GCCCGAAGAGCAGCCUCCUCGGGGACGACCUGCACCCCUUCGGCCCCGAGGAGCCGGGGCCGCGCCUGGACGGCGGGGACGUCCGCAAGCGCGCCUCGGCCCCGCGUGGCGACGGUGGCACAAACUCCCCAGCCCACAAGCGCCACCGCACGGCCUGAAGCGCGUGGGUGGUGGCCGGCUGCCACUUGGCUGCAGUGCGCUUGGCGAAAGGAUACCGGACACUGUUUUUCUUCUUUCAGUUACAAAUUUCUAU